CCAUUCCGUAUUGCUCAUCAAAACCUUCCGAAUAAAAGAUAAAGGAUUUUAAAAUUGCAAUAAUUGUUUUGUUUAAUUUUAAUUCGAUUAAUUCAGUAAUGCUGAUAAAUUGCAGCUAAAUAUUGUUUGGUUAAUUUCAGUGAGAAACCCGCAGCCUUUAACAACAAGUGUUUGGUUAAUUUCAGUGAGAAACCCGCAGCCUUUAACAACAAGUGUUUGGUUAAUUUCAGUGAGAAACCCGCAGCCUUUAACAACAAGUGUUUGGUUAAUUUCAGUGAGAAACCCGCAGCCUUUAACAACAAGUGUUUGGUUUUGAUUGGAAAGUUUUAUCGAGAUCUUCUGGAGCUUGGUGUUGGUGGGCGACAGAUUGACAUUAACGGUUUGCUGCCACUCGUCCAGGGCUGUCAGCGGCUUCAGUUGCUCGAGUUGGAUCACAUGUGUGAACUGAACGACGACGACGCGACCGCUCUGUGUCGAUCCGGACUCAACAACCUGUCUGUCCUUGAACUUAACGGGACUCCGGUUACACCUCGAGCCAUUCAAGUCAUCUACAAAUCAUGCCGUCAUUUGAAGAAAAUUCUCAUCGUGUUGAGUUUCGCCGAUUAUUAUGAUGAUCCGAAAAACAAGAACCAGAGAAAGGAGUAUUCCAAGAAAACCCAGGCUUUGCAGGCUCUCCAGAGUAAAGCAGGACUUGGACACAUUCUGAAGAUUGACGUCGCUCCUCUUCCAUAGGAACCGGAAAAUCCAUGAUGUGCCUGAAAGACCUGGAGCCUCGUUGACAAAACUCCUCUCAAACAAUGUCAUGUCUCUCGUGUCCUCUCAAACAACAUCACGUCUUUCGAGUCCUCUCAAACAACGUCACGUCUCUCGAGUCCUCUCAAACAACGUCACGUCUCUCGAGUUUUCUCAAGCAACGCCACGUCUCUCGAGUCUUCUCAAGCAACGUCACGUCUCUCGAGUCAUCUCAAACAACGUCAUGUCUCUCGCGUCAUCUCAAACGUCAUGUCUCUCGAGUCCUCUCAAACAACAUCACAUUGUUCCUGGAAGUGUUCAUGCAUCGCACGGGAAGAUCACAACAUUACAAGCGUGAAGUGAAUUGGGCGACUCUCUCAUGUCUACCAAGUGCUGGCCCUGGUCACUACUCUGUCUCUGUAAAAGCAUCCUGACUGACAAAGAUGGUGGUAUCUGAUUUAUCAAGUGUAGUAGAGUUUGAUCAAUACUUUCACUUCAGAAGACAUUAAUUUGUGGAGGACAUAUUACAAGAUAGCUCAGCAGACAGUAGCCAUGGAUUUGGCCUUGUUAUUCAGCCUCAUAUCAACAGGAGGAAUUCUGCAGUUUCACCAUUCAUCAUCGCCAGAGUUGUUAUGUCUUAUGUUACAAUAUACCCGGUACCUCUUUACAAGUGGAUACCUAUUGUAUAUUAAGUAUAGACCAUGAUAUUAUACCCCUCUACAAGUUGAUACCUAAUGUAUAUCAAGUAUAGAUCAUGAUAUUAUACCCCUCUACAAGUUGAUACCUAAUGUUUAUCAAGUAUAGACCACAGUAUUAUACCCAUCUACAAGUUGACCUCUGAAUUACAAAGGUGUAGACCAUAAUUCAUAUACCCCUCUACAAGAUGCUAUCUUAUUUUAUCAAAGGUGUAGACCAUAGUACACAUACCCUUCUACAAGAUUCCAUCUUAUUUUACCAAAUGUAGACCAUAGUACAUAUACCUUCUACAGGAUGCCAUCUUAUUUUACCAAGUGUAGACCAUAGUUCAUAUACCUUCUACAAGAUGCUAUCUUAUUUUACCAAGUGUAGACCAUAGUACAUAUACCCUUCUACAAGAUGCCAUCUUAUUUUACCAAAUGUAGACCAUAGUUCAUAUACCUUCUACAAGAUGCCAUCUUAUUUUACCAAGUGUAGACCAUAGUUCAUAUACCUUCUACAAGAUGCCAUCUUAUUUUACCAAAUGUAGACCAUAGUUCAUAUACCUUCUACAAGAUGCCAUCUUAUUUUACCAAAUGUAGACCAUAGUUCAUAUACCUUCUACAAGAUGCCAUCUUAUUUUACCAAAUGUAGACCAUAGUUCAUAUACCUUCUACAAGAUGCCAUCUUAUUUUACCAACUGUAGACAUCUUAUUUUACCAAGUGUAGACCAUAGUUCAUAUACCUUCUACAAGAUGCUCUCUUAUUUUACCAAGUGUAGACCAUAGUUCAUCUACCCUUCUACAAGAUGCCGUCUUAUUUUACCAAGUGUAGACCAUAGUUCAUAUACCUUCUACAAGAUGCUGUCUUAUUUUACCAAGUGUAGACCAUAGUUCAUAUACCCUUCUACAAGAUGCUAUCUUAUUUUACCAAAUGUAGACCAUAGUUCAUAUACCCUUCUACAAGAUGCUAUCUUAUUUUACCAAAUGUAGACCAUAGUUCAUAUACCUUCUACAAGAUGCUAUCUUAUUUUACCAAAUGUAGACCAUAGUACAUAUACCUUCUACAAGAUGCUAUCUUAUUUUACCAAAUGUAGACCAUAGUUCAUAUACCUUCUACAAGAUGCUAUCUUAUUUUACCAAGUGUAGACCGUAGUUCAUAUACCUUCUACAAGAUGCUAUCUUAUUUUACCAAGUGUAGACCAUAGUACAUAGACCUUCUAC